AUGUCGAUCGCGAGAAAAGUCGUCGGACGCACGGGAGUCAGCCAGCAGCUGCUCCGCUUCGCCCAAUCACGGCCCGCGCAAUCCGGCGCAUCGCGUCACGCAUGGCAAGCUUCACGAAACCUUCACAACCAGCCGCGCCGCAACGUCCAAGCCGCCCACGCCGUGAAACCUGAUGUCGAGAUCGCUGACUCCACGAAUCCUGCGCUCGCCUUUCCAUGCCUUGACGCCCUCGAAAAUCGCUCCGCAACCCUGCAGAAACGCUCCCUGCUGGGUCCCGAGCCCUCGUACACCACCGGCAACCAUGAGAACUUCGUCUGCAAGGAGCCCAUGCUGCUCGACUGGGGCGGAAUCUUGCCCGAGUUCAACAUAGCUUACGAGACCUGGGGAAAUCUCAAUGCCGACAAGAGCAAUGCUGUUCUGUUGCACACCGGCCUGUCAGCAUCCAGUCAUGCUCACAGCACCGAGGCCAACCCUCAGCCAGGCUGGUGGGAGAAGUUCAUAGGCCCCGGGAAGCCUCUGGAUACUGACAAGUACUUUGUCAUAUGUACCAACGUCAUUGGCGGCUGCUACGGUUCGACUGGCCCCUCUUCGAUCGACCCGGCAAACGGCCAGCGCUACGCAACGAGGUUCCCCAUCCUGACAAUGGAAGACAUGGAGCGCGCUCAGUUCAGGCUGCUUGACCACCUCGGAAUCGACAAGCUAUACGCCAGCGUCGGUUCCAGUAUGGGUGGUAUGUUGAGUCUGGCUGCCGGCGUGCUCUUCCCCGAACGCGUGGGCCGAAUUGUUUCUAUCAGCGGCUGUGCUCGUAGCCACCCUUACAGCAUUGCCAUGCGACACACUCAGAGACAAGUGCUCAUGAUGGACCCGAACUGGAACCGCGGUUUCUAUUACGACGCUAUCCCGCCUCACUCCGGCAUGAAGCUCGCCCGCGAGAUUGCUACAGUCACAUACCGCAGUGGACCUGAGUGGGAGCAACGCUUUGGAAGGAGAAGGGCUGACGCCUCCAAGCCGCCUGCGCUCUGUGCUGAUUUCCUAAUCGAAACCUAUCUGGAUCACGCCGGAGAAAAGUGGUGCCUGCAGUACGACGCCAACAGUAUGCUCUACGUGUCCAAGGCAAUGGAUCUGUUCGAUCUGGGAUUAGAACACCGUGUUCGCAUCAACGCGUUGAGGGCUCAGAAUGAAGGCAAGCUCGCAGCAUUCGCCGCCGGAAACAAGGUUCAAGCCGCGGCAACUGCCGAUUCUUGCAACUUAACCCUCCCAGAGAAGCCCUAUGAGGAACAGGAGCAGUCCAAUGGUGCCCCGGCAUCUCAGGCCUCCAAUGCUUCCCAGGCAACUGGCCCGCAGGAACCCCCCGCAGAUCUGGUAGCUGGCCUGAAGCCCUUGGCGAACAUACCCACCUUGGUUCUUGGUGUGGCAAGCGAUAUUCUCUUCCCCGCCUGGCAACAAAGAGAAAUCGCCGAGACUCUGCGCCGCACCGGCAAUAGAAAUGUCACGCAUGUCGAACUGGGAGAAGAAAAGAGUAUGUUCGGUCACGACACAUUCCUUCUGGAUCUGGAACACGUUGGAGGGGCGGUGAAAGAUUUCUUGGGUUGA